UCUCGGUUCUGGACGGGGGGAGGAGGGUCGGGACCGGCCACACACACUCACACACACACACACACACACUAUCUGGCUGUCCGUCGGUGGAGUGUGUGUCGUCCAUGACCUUGUGUUUUAGUUGAAAGAAGAGAAGAGAAAAGCCGCCACAUCCUCUCGGCGCUAGGAAGAGGUCCAUCAACAUCAGCGCCAAUGGAGCUCCUAUGCGGCCGCGAGCUGCCAUUCUGGCCCAAUCUCACGCUGCACUCGGACCGGCCCGAUCUCCCAGAAUGCUUCCAGCUGUCGGUCCUGCCCUGGGCUCCCUGCAUCUACCUGUGGGUCACCUCACCUUUCUACAUCCUCUACCUCCGGAGGAACAGCAGGGGAUACAUCAUGAUGUCUGUGUUAAACAGAAUCAAAACGGCUCUGGGCUUGAUAUUGUGGAUAGUAUGCUGGACAGACCUGUUUUCUUCAUUUCAUGAGAUGAACCAGGAUCGCAUUAUACCUCCAAUAUAUUUUGUUACACCUUUAAUAGUCGGCAUGACAAUGUUGUUAGCCACGUUCCUGAUCCAGUUCGAGAGGCUGAGAGGAGUGCAGUCGUCCGGUGUGCUCUUCAUAUUCUGGACGAUCUCAGUGUUGUGUGCCAUUGUGCCUUUCCGGUCCAAAAUCCUGCAUGCCAAACAAGAGAACGAGGUCAAAGACAAGCUGAGGUUCACAACGUUCUACAUGUACUUCGGCCUCACCCUGACUGAACUGAUCCUGUCCUGCUUCAACGAGAAGCCCCCUCUCUUCUCCAGCGCCGGCACAGAUCCUAAUGUGUGUCCAGAAACGACUGCCGGAUUCCUCUCAAAAAUGACCUUUUGGUGGUUUACAAGGCUGGCCAUUAAAGGCUACAAGUCUCCGCUGGAGAAUAAAGACCUGUGGUCCCUGAACCAGCAGGACAGCUCAGGGCUAGUGGUUCCCAGUCUGCUCAACCAAUGGGAGGUGGAGAAAGCCAAAGCGCUGAGUGAGCAGAGCGUGAAGGACCAGGCCGCGUUCACGAAAGCGGACGGCGGCGCUGAAACAAACCACGUGGGUCCCGAGGAGGCGCAGGUUCUGCUGACCCCGCGGAAGGAGUCCCGGCAGCCCUCGUUCCUGCGGGCGCUGCUCCGCGCCUUCGGGCCCUACUUCCUCAUCGGCUCCGCUUACAAACUCCUGCAGGACCUCAUCACCUUCGUCAACCCGCAGCUGCUCAGGAUGUUGAUUGACUUCACCAAAAACAAGCACGCGCCGCUGUGGUGGGGUUACGCGCUGGCGUUCCUGAUGUUCGGCACUUCCCUCUUACAGACCCUCAUCUUGCAUCAGCACUUUCAGUACUGCUUUGUCACGGGCAUGAGGCUUCGCUCUGCGAUCAUCGGAGCCAUCUACAGGAAGUCACUAGUGAUCACUAACGCAGCCAAGCGCUCGUCUACGGUGGGUGAGGUGGUCAAUCUGAUGUCUGUGGACGCUCAGCGCUUCAUGGAUCUCACCACCUUCCUCAACAUGCUGUGGUCGGCGCCGCUGCAGAUCAUCCUGGCGCUCUUCUUCCUGUGGCAGAACCUGGGUCCGUCGGUGUUGGCUGGUGUGGCCGUGAUGGUUCUGCUGAUCCCAUUCAACGCUUUCAUCGCCAUGAAGACCAGAACUUACCAGGUGGAGCAGAUGAAACACAAGGACGACCGCAUCAAGCUGAUGAACGAGAUCCUCAACGGCAUCAAGGUGUUGAAGCUCUACGCCUGGGAAACCUCCUUCAAGGAGAAGAUCCUGGCCAUCCGACAGAAGGAGCUGAACGUGCUGAAGAAGACGGCCUACCUCAGCGCUCUGUCCACCAUGGCCUGGACCAGCGCGCCUUUCAUGGUGGCCUUGACCACGUUUGCCGUCUAUGUGACAGUGGAUGAAAAAAACGUCUUGGAUGCGGAGAAGGCCUUCGUGUCCUUGUCUCUGUUUAACAUCUUGAGAUUCCCGUUGAACAUGCUUCCACAAGUCAUCAGCAGCAUCGUACAAGCCAGCGUGUCUCUGAAGCGCAUCCAGGAUUUCCUGAGUCACGAUGAACUGGAUCCAGAGAAUGUGGACAGAAGAAACAACGCUUCCGAAUAUGCCGUGACGGUUGUCAAUGGGAAAUUCGCAUGGGCCAAACAAGACCAGGUCACUCUCGACAACAUUAAUGUGCUGGUGCCUCAGGGCUCUCUGCUGGCAGUGGUGGGUCACGUGGGCUGUGGGAAGACCUCACUGGUGUCGGCUCUACUGGGAGAGAUGGAGAAGCUCGAGGGCCAGAUCUCCAUACGGGGAUCGGUGGCGUAUGUCCCACAGCAGGCCUGGAUCCAGAACGCCUCUCUCAGGGACAAUAUCCUCUUCGGAAGACCUUACGAGGAGCAGAAGUACAGGUGUGUGCUGGAGGCCUGCGCGCUGACCCCUGACCUGGAAGUGCUUCCUGGAGGAGACCAGACCGAGAUCGGGGAGAAGGGCAUUAAUCUGUCAGGUGGCCAGAGGCAGAGAGUGAGCUUGGCUCGAGCGCUGUACAGUGAGGCUGAUGUGUUUCUGCUGGAUGAUCCUCUGUCUGCGGUCGACGCUCAUGUUGCCAAACACAUCUUUGACAAGGUCAUCGGGCCUGACGGCGCUCUCAAGGGAAAGACGCGUGUGCUGGUGACGCACGGCAUCAGCUUCCUCCCUCAGGUGGACAACAUCCUGGUCCUGGUGGACGGGGGCGUGUCCGAGGCGGGGUCCUAUCAGGAGCUGCUCCAGCAGAACGGGGCCUUCGCCGAGUUCCUCAGGAACUACUCGCUCGAGGACAUCAUCGAGGACCAGGAGGAGCUCACACUGUCGUUGGUUGAUGAAGAGGAGGACUUCCCUGACGAUGCCCUCAGUAAUCACACAGAUAUGGUGGAUAACGAGCCUGUUGUGAACGAGGCCCGCAGAAAGUUCAUGAGGCAGAUCAGCAUCAUGUCGAAUGAUCCGGAAAACCCGAAGAAAAUGUCCCGGCGCCGGCGCUGCAGUGAGAGAAAACACUCCGAGCCACCGGUGGAGAAGGAGGAGAAGAAGGAGAACAAGCUGAUCCAGGCGGAGACCACUGAGACCGGGCGGGUGAAGCUGAAGGUGUACUGGGAGUACAUGAAGGCUGUGGGGCCUCUGCUCUCGCUCUUCAUCUGCUUCCUCUACGGCUGUCAGAGCGCCGCUGCGAUCGGAGCGAACUUCUGGCUCAGCGAGUGGACCAACGACGCGCAGCUCAACCGGACGCAGGCGCGCGUGGAGAUGAGGGUCGGCGUGUACGCAGCGCUGGGCCUUUCUCAAGGCGUCCUGGUCAUGUUUUCCUCCUUUACUCUGGCACUGGGGAAAAUCCAGGGCUCCCGCAAGCUUCACCAGGCGCUGCUGGACAACAAGUUCCACACGCCACAGUCUUUCUUUGACACCACUCCCAUAGGCCGGAUCAUCAACCGCUUCUCCAAGGACAUUUACGUGAUCGACGAGGUCCUUCCCUCCACAGUGCUCAUGUUCCUGGGCACCUUCUUUGCCUCCGUGUCCACCAUGAUUGUUAUCAUUUGCAGCACACCCAUAUUCGCUCUGGUCAUUGGCCCUCUGGCCUUGAUUUACUUCUUUGUUCAGAGGUUUUAUGUGGCCACGUCUCGUCAGCUUAAGAGGCUGGAGUCUGUCAGUAGGUCUCCUAUAUAUUCUCAUUUCUCGGAGACCAUCACGGGCACGAGCGUGAUCCGCGCGUACGGGCGCCACGGCGCCUUCGUUCUCAUGAGCGAUAUGAAAGUGGAUGAGAACCAAAAGAGUUACUACCCUGGUAUCGUCUCCAACAGGUGGUUGGGGGUUCGGAUCGAGUUUAUCGGGAACUGUAUUGUGUUGUUUGCUGCUCUGUUCGCUGCGGUCGGGAAGGAUAAACUGAGUCCUGGUCUGGUGGGUCUGUCAGUGUCCUAUGCUCUACAGGUCACUAUGUCCCUUAACUGGAUGGUGAGGAUGACCUCUGACCUUGAGAGCAACAUAGUAGCGGUGGAAAGAGUGAAGGAGUAUUCAGAAACACCGACUGAGGCUCCAUGGGUCGUGCAGGACAAGCGCCCGCCGCCGGACUGGCCUCCCGAGGGAAACGUGGAGUUCGUGGAUUACAGCGUGAGAUAUCGAGAAGGACUGGACCUGGUGCUGAAGAACGUCUCUCUGAAGGUCAAGGGAGGAGAGAAGAUCGGCAUCGUGGGAAGGACGGGAGCCGGGAAGUCGUCGAUGACUCUGUGUUUGUUUCGUCUGCUGGAAGCGGCGGAUGGAGAGAUCGUGAUCGACGAGGUGAAGAUCUCAGAGAUCGGCCUUCAUGACCUGCGAUCCAAACUCACCAUCAUCCCUCAGGAGCCGGUUCUCUUCUCUGGGACUCUGCGGAUGAACCUCGACCCCUUUGAUAAAUACAGUGAUGAGGAAUUGUGGAAAGCUCUGGAACAGUCUCAUCUGAAGAAGUUUGUGAGCAGCCAGGCUUUAAAGCUGGACCUGGAGUGCUCUGAAGGAGGAGAGAACCUCAGUGUGGGUCAGAGGCAGCUGGUGUGUUUGGCUCGAGCUCUGCUGAGGAAGACGAGGAUCCUGGUUCUGGAUGAAGCAACAGCCGCUGUGGAUCUGGAGACCGACGACCUGAUCCAGUCCACCAUCCGCACGCAGUUCGAGGACUGCACCGUGUUCACCAUCGCCCACAGACUCAACACCAUCAUGGACUACACCAGAGUGCUUGUCCUGGAUAAGGGUCAGAUCGCAGAGUUUGACACGCCGGCCGCUCUCAUCGCGCAGAAAGGAAUAUUCUUCGGCAUGGCUAAAGAUGCAGGUUUGGUGUGAGGCGUCCUGUAACACACACCGCUGUGCCUUCGCUCACUCUCACACACUGAAUGUGUGCAUCCAGGAUCUGUGUUUGUUUUAUACAUGAAUUGUGUUUUCUAUAACUACAGUGCCACUGUUCCUGAAUCAGUCGCUGUCAGGACGAAGCAGGCUAUUUUUGUACUGUAUUAUUUAAGUCACUUUCUGAAGUUGUUCAUAGGGAAGAUUUACUGCUCAGUUACAUGUGUGUGUGUGUGUGUGUGUGAUUCCUUUUGUAAACCAAAUCUGUAAAAACUUGAAUUCUGUUACCAGAAUUGGAGCAUUGUUGCAUUUAUUAAAAAAUUUAUACUGUU